AUGUUGAAGAUACAAAUGUUAGAGUCCAUCGUCAGUAAUGAUGCUGAUGAGAGUCAGGAGCAGCAGCCGAAUGGGCGGCAGCACGUGUCGGCGCCAUGGAGCUCCACAGCAACUUCGACAGGGGGCGCUCGUGCUCAACACGAGUUGUUCGAGUUGCUUGAACGAGUACAGUGUUCUCGGUUAGACGACCAGAGGGCAGUACUGCCGCCAUAUUUUUCUCAGGUUGGACGGCCAGAGAAAUGCCGCUCAGUAUCAGCUGGCGGUACUGGGAGUGCAACAAUCAAUGAGCGGCACUCCUAUGCCGAGGGCAGAGUGCCAGCACCCCAUGGCACUCCGUCUUCACCUGGGGCAGCGGCUGCACAGCGAAAAGUUGCUGCCGCCUGCUUCGCCAGCCGUCGCCUUCUAGAGGAAACUCUUUCUAAAAGUGGAACUCCACCAACAAUAGUUUUACCACCAAAAGGGUACUGGGUAGAUGGAGUAGAAGAUACGCUCCCUGAAGGUGAAGAUGUCGAACCCCGAGCACAACCUGGCACCCCAAGACAAGCAUCGAGGCGACAUAACAUCGACACCGACAACAGCGCCAAGUACUACCGGCGAUUCUUCCUUGGCAAGGAACACAUCAAUUUGGUUGGAUCUGACGAGAAUCUCGGUCCGGUAGUGAUGUCCCUCAAGAACGAACAUGUGGCUAGUCAGGAUCACACUAGAAUAUUAUUGAGGUUUCGCACGCAAACCAUACAUGGACUUAUACCCACCACUAGAUCAGGAGUAGUGCAAUCGCCCCUUGAAAUGGCAAAAAUGUUAAACGACCAAGUGAACAUUGACAACUUCACGGCCGUCAUGUGUCUCAACGCGUCAUCCCUGAUAGCGCAGUACGACGAACAUGUUUUAGUAAACUGCUUCAAGUUUGGAGUUCUAUACCAGACUUACGGGCAGACGACAGAAGAACAACUGUUCGGCAACAACGAAAUAUCACCAGCGUUCGAGGAGUUCUUAGACAUGCUGGGACAGCGGAUCAAAUUGAAAGACCAUAAAGGCUACCGGGGCGGUCUGGACAUAAUAAACGGCCACACAGGCACGGAAGCCGUUUAUGAGACGUACAACGACCGCGAAAUAAUGUUCCACGUGGCACCCUUAUUGCCACACACCGCUGGCGAUGCUCAGCAACUGCAGAGGAAGAGGCAUGUCGGCAAUGACAUCGUCGCGAUUGUAUUUCAGGAGAAGGCAACACCUUUCACACCUGACAUGAUAGCAUCACACUUCCUCCACGCGUUCAUCGUGGUCACACAGCUGGAAUCUGCUGGUGGGGAGACCAGGUACAAAGUGGCCGUCACCGCUCGUACUGACGUACCAUUCUUCGGACCGACUCUCCCGCAGCCGUCGAUAUUCCGCAAGGGGCGCGAGUUCAAAGAAUUCCUCCUUACGAAGCUAAUUAAUGCCGAAAACGCGUGCUACAAAGCAGAUAAGUUUGCUCAACUGGAGUUAAGGACCAGAGCAUCAUUACUGCAGAACUUGGUGAACGAUCUGAAGACGAAGACGACUGAGUUUUUGGGUGCUGGAGUGAGAUUGGAGCCAGGCGCAGUCUCCCCACAACCCGAUGGUACCCCAAAACAAGAUGGUCCCGGAUCGCGGUUCAUCGAUACAGUAAAAAAGGCCUUAAUUUCGAAAGUCAGAUCACCUAGUGUAGACACGAAUCUCUCAGGCGAUAGUAACAAGAAUGCUCUAAAUAAGAAUAAGUUCGUUCCGAAUGAAACACAUACUCCUAAUAGCGCUCGCUCCAAAUCAUCAGUAGCAUCAUCGUCUGCUUCGGCCGUGUCAGUUCGUUCCGCUGGCGGGUCGGGCGCGUCGCAUGCGUCGGGCGAGUCCAGCCCCGACGUGACGUCACGCGCCGCGCCCCCGCGCCCCCCUCUCACCGACCAUAGCGACGACUCCAGUCUCAACUCUGUGGAUUUAGACCCGCUUGACGACAAGGACUGGCUGAGUUGUGGUAAAAGUGCAACAGGUGGAGUGUACGUUGAUAGUGACACGGGACUCGAAUCUAUGUCCUCGGCCGAGGCGGGGGCAGCGUGCGGUGGUUGUGCAGCGGGGACUGGUCGCGAAGUGACGCCGAGAGACGCCGAGAUGUUACGCCAAGAAGUAUGCCGCCUCAAGAACGAUAAACUUGACCUGCUCAAACAAAAUAUCACAUGGCAAAACGAGAUCAAAAGUCUACGCGAGAAAGAGUUGUCACUACAAGCGGAGCUGAACUCCAUGUCGAGGGAAAUGCGGAGACUUCGGGAACAACAGGUCACAGGCACCAUCAUACCCAACCCUUCAACACACGACUCCACCGCUUAAAUAUAAACCUUAAACUUAAUGUAAUAAGGUCCUAUUCAAAGUACACACGUACGACAUUUACAUGACGCCACCGCUUAACGUAUCUUGAACUUUAUGCCUUCGUAUUAAGGUACGUCUCUUGAUGACUACUGUGGAAGAGAUCUGAUUAGAAAUGACCAAGUAAGGUAAUCUGGGAUUUAGGAGGUUUUGCUAAACGAAUGUUUUAGUAGUAGUUACUUGAUGUCGCUACGUUAUAAUUAUAUAUAUGUACGUUGCUCUCUUUACAAUUUGUAGCGAACCGUUGAUGUGCAAUAUUGUGUUCUUAUAUAUACGACUGUGCAAUCGAACAAGGUAAAUUGCAUUGUUUAAUUGUUAUUAUUUUGAGAAAUAUCUUCGUAUUGAAUAAUGCUAUUUACAAAGUUUUGAAGCUGAACAGUUUAUUGCAAUACAGAUGUUGUUUAUAUUAUAAAGUAGCAAAACUAUUCCUUAUAUUUAUUUACCUAUAUAGAUGUCCCAGUUUCAUAUAUUAGUAAUACUAAAUUACUUCUUAGGUCGUGGCUUGACUGACUAUUAAUGAGAAAUGCUAAAACUUCGACAUAAUUAUAACGAUUCUAUAGUUAAUUAGAGAGAAUAUGAUUCGAAUCUUUUUAUAUGUUGUUAUACCAAAACUGAAUUGUUAAUUACGUUGGUUCUCUUGUACAUUAAGCUUAUAUAUAUAUAAUGAUCUCCACCAUUUUCGAACAUAAACAAAAGAUUUCGAUUGAAAUAAUGUUAAUACUGUCAAAAUAGUAAAAAUUAAUUUAAGACGUGACUACAAAAUGUGACUAAAGUUACAACCAAUGGGGACACGAUAACUGAUUUGACAGUUUGUAACAUUAUUGCUGUCUUUAUCUAACUUCAUAUAAAGAAAAGUGAGAGAGAUAGUUGAAACGAAGUUUAGUGUACAAGAUAAUCAACCCUAUGUCUAAUGUUAGGCUACUCGCUUUUUGUAAUUGUUGUGAUAACUUAGCUUACUUGAUACAUACACGUACUAUAAAUCAUUUUAUAUAUCGUAUCCCACAUACGUAUUUAUUUCGGGUAGACAAUACCACUUGUGUUCUUCGAAUUCGCGUUUCUCGCGCAAAAUCAUUUACUUUUUCCAUUAGUAAAUAAGUAUAGAGGUUUUAUAUCUCAUAGCGUCAUUCAUCACAGUCUAGAGUGCUUCUUUUUAUUUUAAAACACCCUUUGAUUAAUUAAAAAAAGUUACAUUUAAAAAUAAAUUUAAUCAUUAAGUAAAAAUUUGAAUCAUCACGUUCAUAAAUGAAUGCAUAGUCAAAGGGAUUAUUGUAUAAAUAUAUAAAUAACUUUGAUUUAAUUUAAGGAGCAUUCAUAGACUGAUUUUUUUCUCAAAUGUUCAUAGUGACAUUGAAAACGGAAUUUUACGUAUUAGGAAUUACUUAGACGACAAAAAUAACGGUACCUAUUAAAAUAAGCCUUGAAUUUAUCUAGUAGAAAGCCUAUAGACAUUAUGGUGCGUUAGAGAAAAAUAUAUAACUAAAAAAAUAAUCUUAUACGUUGAAUUUGUAUGAAGAUCCCAGUACAGUUUGAUUUUGUACGUAGUUUAUAUACUGCACAACAAUUUAUCUAUUUUUUUAUUUCCGUUUCGCUUCAUAACAUUUCAUAGCCUUACUAUGAUGAUUGCUCUAAAACUAUUUUCAAAAUCAUCUUGUUCACUCUAUCUUUAAACGUUAGAAAAGGACAAACGUAUAUUUGUAACUUCUUGUUGUAAAAUCGUCGUUGUAAGGCUAUAGUAUCAUUUAGUUUACAAAUUUAAGUUUACACCAGUUACUGUAAAUAUAUUCUAGACUGGUUUUAGGCUAUUUGAUUAAACAGUAUUUUUCAUUUAAUUUAUGCUUUGAUUAUAAGUUUUCGUUUCUCGAGUGCAUUGAGGUUGAAUAAUGUUUUGUUGUUUAUGAUUAAUAUUUUAUACCAAAGUUAACAUUCCCCACUAAAUAGUUUAGAGUUUUUUUUUAUAUAAUAAUUACCUUAAAGUGAACCAGUAUUUGUAAUGUUUUCAACUGUCAGAACACGCUAACACUCAUUCUAAGUUUACAUUUAACCUUUCUAUUAAAUGUAUUCAUUUAGAUUUUUGUUCGACUGUUGAUUAUAAAUAAGUUGAUUUAAAGCAACUGUUGAUUCGUCUUCACUUAGACUUAAACCAAAUAUUGAGCGCGGAGCGUUAGAGGAAAUAGAUAUAAUUAUAAAAGAUACCUAUU